CUAUGGAAGAAAAAGCUGCUCUCUCUCUCUCUCUGUCGCUCUCUUUCCACCUUUUGGCGUUUCCCUCUCUAAACUGUAUAAAAAGAGAACCCAGUGGCGAGGCCAAUCAAUAGAACCUGCUUUCAUAACAAUUCAUUUUACCUCUUGACAAUUUCUCUUCCAACCUCCAUUUUUCCCAUCUCAGCAAAAGAGACCAACUUCCCAUUUCUCAAGGAGUAGGAGAAAGAAAACUGGAUGGCACUAGCAAAUGAAAUUAUGACAUCAUCGUUUCUUCACAAAACAUCCUUGGUUUCUCAGUUUCAAAAUGAUGGUCUUGACAAGCAGUUCUUCAGGCCAAUUUGGGUUGUUCCAGUAGAGAAAAGGAAGGUGGUUGCGCAGUUAAGGAAGGCUGUGAACAGCCCUGUGGCUGCAAUAAGUGAGGAUUUAGUCAAGCCUGUGCCCUUGGCUGAGAAGCCGGUUAAGUGCAAGGUCAGAGCCGUUGUAACUAUCAGAAACAAGAACAAGGAAGACAUUAAAGAAACGAUUGUUAAGCAUUUGGAUGCUUUCACUGAUAGGAUUGGCCAGAACGUUGUUCUCCAACUUAUCAGCACUGAAAUCGACCCAAAAACAAACGCUCCAAAGAAAAGCAACGAGGCUGUUUUGAAAGAUUGGUCAAAGAAAACUAAUUUAAAAGCCGAGAGGGUAAAUUACAUAGCAGAAUUUUUACUGACCUCGGACUUUGGAGAACCUGGAGCCAUCACAAUUACCAACAAGCAUCAGCAGGAAUUCUUCUUGGAGACUAUCACAAUCGAGCAAUUUGCAAGUGAUCCUAUUCAUUUUCCCUGCAAUUCAUGGGUUCAGUCCAGAAAAGAUCACCCUGCAAAGAGGAUAUUUUUUUCUAAUAAGCCUUAUCUACCAGAUGAGACACCUGCAGGGAUUAAAAAAUUAAGAGAGCAUGAGCUUAAAGACAUUAGAGGUGAUGGGAAAGGAGAAAGAAAACUGUCUGAUCGAGUAUAUGACUUCGAUGUGUACAACGACUUGGGAAAUCCAGACAAAGGAAUAGAAUUUGCUCGCCCAAGGCUUGGUGGUGAGAAAAUUCCAUAUCCUAGAAGAUGUCGCACUGGACGUGCCCCUUCCGAUACUGAUAUAACUGCAGAGAGUCGAGUUGAGAAACCGUUACCCAUGUACGUGCCAAGAGAUGAACAAUUUGAGGAGUCUAAGCAAACCACUUUCUCUCUUGGGAGGCUGAAGGCAGUUCUUCACAAUUUAAUUCCCUCUCUCAAAGCCAGCAUUCUGUCAAACAAAAAUGAUUUCCAUGGGUUUUCAGACAUUGACAGCCUUUAUAGUGAAGGGGUGCUCCUUAAAUUAGGCUUGCAAGAUGAACUCCUGAAGAAGCUCCCGCUGCCAAGAGUUGUGAGUGAAUCCAGCCAGGGACUGCUAAGAUACAACACACCCAAAAUCCUUUCCAAGGACAAGUUUGCCUGGCUGCGAGACGAUGAAUUCGCCCGCCAAGCAAUAGCAGGAGUUAACCCAGUCAACAUUGAGAGGCUCAAGGUUUUUCCUCCAGUGAGCAACCUUGAUCCUGACGUUUAUGGUCCACAGGAAUCUGCCCUUAAAGAAGAACACAUUCUUGGCCAAAUUAAUGGCAUGACCGUGCAGCAGGCAUUGGAUGAAAACAAAUUGUUUAUAGUGGAUUACCAUGAUGUUUACCUUCCAUUCAUUGAUCGGAUCAAUGCUCUCGACGGCCGGAAAACAUAUGCAACUCGCACAAUCUUCUUCUUGACUCCACUUGGAGCUCUCAAACCUAUCGCCAUUGAGCUCAGCCUUCCAUCAACCGCACCAAGUUCUCGAUCGAAGCGCGUCGUAACUCCACCAGUCGACGCUACAAGCAACUGGAUAUGGCAGCUCGCCAAGGCCCACGUCUGCUCCAACGACGCUGGAGUUCAUCAACUUGUUAACCACUGGUUGAGAACGCAUGCGACCUUAGAGCCAUUCAUAUUGGCAGCACACAGGCAACUAAGCGCCAUGCACCCAAUCUUCAAGCUCUUAGACCCACACAUGCGUUACACAUUGGAGAUCAACGCAUUGGCGCGCCAAAGCCUGAUCAGCGGCGACGGAGUGAUCGAGUCUUGCUUCACUCCAGGCCGCUACUGCAUGGAGAUGAGUGCCGCAGCGUACAAGAACUCUUGGCGCUUCGACAUGGAAGGCCUUCCCGCCGAUCUCAUACGCAGGGGAAUGGCUGAACCGGAUCCUUCAAAGCCUCAUGGACUCAAGCUUUUGAUGGAGGAUUAUCCGUACGCUAGCGAUGGGCUUCUAAUUUGGGCCGCAAUCGAGAAUUGGGUGAAAACCUAUGUGGCUCAUUACUAUCCAAACCCGAACAUGAUCCGCGAAGAUGAAGAGUUGCAGUCCUGGUACUGGGAGUCCGUCAAUGUGGGGCACGGCGAUCUCCGACAUGAAACUUGGUGGCCGCAAUUGAACAACUGCGACGAUCUCGUCUCGAUUCUCACCACGCUCAUCUGGCUCUCGUCGGCACAACACGCAGCGCUAAACUUCGGCCAGUAUCCAUACGGAGGCUACGUACCUAACCGGCCUCCAUUGAUGCGUCGGCUGAUCCCCGACGAGAACGAUCCGGAGUACGCGAUCUUCCUGAACGAUCCUCAGAAGUAUUUCCUAUCGGCGUUGCCUAGCGUGCUGCAGGCGACAAAGUUCAUGGCGGUGGUGGAUACAUUGUCAACUCACUCGCCUGACGAGGAGUACCUCGGAGAGAGGCAGCAGCCGUCGAUUUGGACGGGGGAUGCCGAGAUGGUGGAGGCAUUUUACGGAUUCGCGGCGGAGAUAAGAAAGAUUGAGAAGGAGAUUGAGAGAAGAAAUUCAGAUGGACGGCUAAAGAACCGGUGCGGCGCCGGAGUUUUGCCGUAUGAACUGCUAGCGCCGAGCUCGGAACCGGGAGUUACUUGCCGUGGAGUUCCGAACAGUGUGUCAAUUUGAUAGCUUUCCCGCCAUUGUUGAGGCUAAGAGGUCACUGUUUCAAAAGAAACGUGAAAGAGGAAUAUUUAUUUCUAUGUAUUUAUUUAAAUAUUGAGAGGGGAGAAAAUACGAUAUUAGAUUUUGAUGUAACGGGCAGUGGUAAAUUUAGGGAUAUUGUACAUGCUGUAAAGCUUGUAGCUUUGAUAAUGAUUAUUUAGAUGAAAAUAAACAAUAAAGUUUGUUCUAUACGAUGUAUAAAA